GCAACAUAGCAUCCAACGAAUUCUUUAUCCCUUCAUUAAUUAAAUACUGUAUAUUUAUCUUCCUGUGUUUGCGUGAUGCAUGCACCAGGACUUUGAGGACACCGAACUAGAACUUACAGACCCUUCCCAGCAAUAUAAAGAUGGCCGCGGAUACAGGAGUAUCAACAAAACGAGCACUAGAGCUAUGGGCAAAUGGAGCAAGUCCGAAAGCAGGAUCGAUGUCAUCAACAAGCCCAUGCCCGCUAGUCAAGGCACUAUACUCCGAAUCAGUUACAGUGAAGCUCUGGAGCGUGGCUAGUAGAGCCCUAGGCAGUGUAUCGCCACCGACACUUUACCCUGAAUACACCGGCGCAGACGGUGCAACCUACGUCUACCGCACUCUAGAUUUCUGGACAUCCGGCUUCUUCCCAGGCUCGCUGUACCUCCUCCUCGAACGGCAAACCCGGUACCCAAACUUCUAUGGCACACCAUGGCAAUCAAACAAGGACAGUCCCCUCCCUCACAAAUUACAGCUCCAACAUCUCUGCCAAUGGUGGACAGCCAAUCUGCACGCCAACGCCGCAAAGCGCGAUACCCACGACCUGGGAUUCAUGAUAGCGCCUUGGGCAAUGAAAGCGUGGUCUCUCAAUCGCGACCCUCAGGCAUACAAUAGCCUGAUCCUAGCUGCGCAUUCACUAGCCAGCCGCUUUGAUGAGCGCGUCCAGUCUCUCCGUAGCUGGGAUAUAUGCCAUACGAAACUGUACUCCUUCACGAACCCCGAGAAAGAUUUCCUCGUGAUUAUCGAUAACAUGCUAAACCUCGACCUGUUGUUCUGGGCUGCAAAGGAGACAGGAAACACCAAAUUUUACGAUAUUGCGAUAGCUCACGCGCGGACAACAGCCAGGCAUCAUAUACGACCCGAUAGCAGUACAGUCCACGUUGUCAACUAUGACAUGGCGACGGGUUUGCCGAAGUUGAAGUUCACACAUCAGGGGUACAGUGAUGAGAGCUGUUGGGCGCGCGGGCAGGCGUGGGGAAUCCUGGGAUUCGCGCAAACCUUCGAGUGGACGGGCGAGGCAGAUCUUUUAUUGAUUGCGCGGCAAUUGGCUGAUUACUUUAUUCGUCGGUUGCCGGUAGAUGGAGUGCCGUAUUGGGACUUUGAUGCCCCCAUGGACUCCGCUUGUCCGAGAGAUACAUCUGCGGGGAUGGUGGCGGGCUGUGGGAUGUUGUUGAUUUUUAAGGCGUUAAGGGGUGUGGAUGCGAAUGCUGCUGGGUUUUAUUUGAGAUCGGCCAUGAGCAUUCUAGCUGGGACAGUGGUUGGCUUUAUGACUCCAGGCGAUCAAGGAUUCUACACUGAUUGUUCUGAUGCGGUCGCGCCCGUUUAUCCUGAGGAUAUUCCUGAGCAUGACAAGAGGCAACCCGGGAGGCUAGGGAUUAGAAGCUCGCGUCCGCUGCAAAAUGAGGACACUGCUGGUGCAAAAUUACCGGAAACAAUUCUCGACGGCGCGACAAUCAAUAACUAUCAAUUUGCAACGCGCCGGUGGGCAAAUCAUGGGCUCGUCUAUGCGGAUUAUUAUUUCAUGCUCAUGGGGAAUAUGCUGCUGGAGAUGGGACUGGUCACUGAGUCAAGCGCUACUAUUUAUGGAGGACAUUAA